AUGCACCCCGAACACCAAAAUAAAACGUCUGAUUUUUUUGAAAGAAAAGCAUCAGAACAAAGUCGGCAAGUAGUUUUUUUUGAUAAACAUACUAAUUUAAAUAAAACACUUCUUAAAGCUUCUUUUGAAAUGGCUUUACUAAUUGCUAAAGCUAAAAAAAGUUUUACUAUUGGAGAAAACUUGGUUUUACCUGCAGCAAUAAAAAUAUGUGAAAUUGUACACGGUGAUAAAAUUGCAGAUGCAUUACGGUCCAUCCCUGUUUCUAAUGAUACUAUUAAAAGAAGAAUAGACUAUAUGGGGGAUUAUAUGAAAUCUCAAUUAUUAAUUCAAAUUUUUCUCAAAUCUUCUUGGUUAAACGCAUUUAAAAAUGGAGAUUCCUCAAUGUUUACGAGCUUACACGAUUUUCUUACCGUUAAUGAGCUUUCAAUGACAACUUCAGUUUCAAAGCAAUUAAUUGAAAUUAGAGAAGACUCAACUCUUGAAACCGAGUUUAAUGAAAAAGAACUUACCGAAUUUUGGUUAAGACGACAGCAAGAGUAUCCUGUAAUUUCAAAAGCGGCUUUACUUAUAUUAAUACCUUUCGCAUCAACAUAUCUUUGUGAAACUGCAUUUUCACAACUUCAAAUUAUAAAAAACAAACAUAGAUCCUGCAUUUCACAACAGUCUUUAGAAUCAAACUUGCGUAUUUCAGUUUCGAAUAUCACACCUGACAUAAAUAUGUUAUGCGAAAAUAUGCAAGCCCAACCGUCACAUUAA